CGCCUCUAAACGGCUGUUUCAGAGCAAGGCAGGAAGAGACCAUGAAGAGCAAGUAUUUCUUGGCUAUCUUGGUAGGAGCCAGUCUGUUUGUGGAGAUAGCCCAGUCCAUGAUGUGCUUCACCUGUCAAGAGGAGAGGUCCAACUGGGGUUGCCUCCGGAUGUCCUCUUGUCCCCAGAAUGCCCAGAAAUGCCUGACGAUUGGAUCCUAUUCUAGAAUUGGGGGCAGGAUUCAGCGAGUCAUCACCAAGAUGUGCGCUCCGGAGUGCCCGACUCUGUCCCCCUACUCCAGUUCGGUUUACUGCUGUGACCACUCCUGGUGCAACAUCUGGUCUCCGAAAUGAAAGUCCUGCGUAAAGUAGGGUUGCCAAGUCCAGGCUGGGAGAUCCCUGGAGGGCUGAGGGGUGGAGCC